CAGGGUGUAAAUGUUAUCUACCGACCGAGAACUUUAAUUUCUGUUAAAUAUCUGUGCUUUUUAAUUUUUAUGAAAUACUGUUUCCAUUUUGUUUGUAGAAAAUAUUGUUAUUGAGGAUUAUGUUUGCAUGAGAAUCAGACCUUUUCCAUCGGCUGAAAUCGGAUACAUGACUAUAUUCUCCUGAAGUUUGGCCUAAAAACUCUUAAAAUUGAGGACCCAAGUAUUCUAGAUUGCUCGACAAUGUCGGGUGAUCGCGUUGGAAGGGUCUUGAGAGGGAGCCCAUCUCAGUAUGUCAAAUUAAACAUUGGUGGGUCCCUACACUAUACAACUAUUGGGACCCUAACCAAACAUGACACUAUGUUGCGGGCCAUGUUCAGUGGUCGAAUGGAAGUCCUCACUGACUCUGAAGGCUGGAUUCUCAUCGACAGAUGCGGAAAUCAUUUUGGAUCAAUUCUAAAUUUCCUUCGUGAUGGAUGUAUUCCUCUCCCAGAAUCUGUGAAAGAAACAGCUGAACUCUUGGCCGAGGCAAAAUAUUAUUGUAUAUCAGACCUUGCUGAAAGCUGUGAGCGUGCAUUGCAGAAAAAACAGAGAGAAGCGGAGCCCAUCUGUAGAGUAGCUCUGAUCACAUCGCAGAAAGAAGAGCAACUUCUUAUCAAUUCCACCACCAAGCCAAUUGUAAAACUUCUAAUUAAUAGACAUAAUAAUAAGUACUCAUACACUAGCACCUCUGAUGACAAUCUUCUGAAAAACAUUGAAUUAUUUGACAAGCUCUCUCUGAGAUAUAGUAUGAGACUAAUGUUUAUCAAAGAUGUUAUUGGGUCUAGUGAGAUAUGCUGUUGGUCUUUCUAUGGCCAUGGCAAGAAAGUUGCAGAGGUUUGCUGUACAUCCAUUGUGUAUGCCACUGAUAAAAAGCACACAAAGGUUGAGUUCCCUGAGGCAAGAAUAUUUGAGGAAACUUUACAUCUGUUUUUGUAUGAAGAUAGAGCUGGGCCAGAUCAGGAACUUAUUCAGGCGACUUCCUCACGCUGUGGUGCUGUCGCUGGAAUGUCCUCUUACACAAGUGAUGAAGAAGAAGAGAGGUCUGGUCUUGCUAGACUGCGCUCCAACAAGCAGAAUAACACCUAGGGACGACAGCGGCUUCUGGAAAGGUGACCAAGCCAACGUCCAGGAGCUGCCAUUUUUGUAAAGCUUGGAUUCAAAAACUAAUCAAGCUUAACUAUGAGCCGGUCUCAUCUUGUGAAACUGAAAAUGUUUCACUCACUUGACUUGAGUCUUCUUAAUUUAUGUCUGAGGACUUCUCAUGAAGACUUAUCAUAAGGUUGGUGUGGGUGCAUGCUAGUAUUAUUUGUUGUUUGAGCCAAAACCCUACCUACUUAGUUAAUGACAAAAUGGAUUGAGAUUUCUAAAGCAAGCUCUCAUAUGUUUAAUUUUCAUGUUGUAGACCACAUGAAUAAUCAGUACAUUCCAAAUCUACAGCCAGAGACGUUGGAAAAGGAAUCCAUUAAUAUUUUUAAUAUUUUACCCAUUUUGACGAUUGUUUUAGCAGUGAGCAUUACUCUUUCCCAAAUGUGUGGUCAGAUGUUAGAGCUAAAGAUUGAUUUGAAAAUUAGCACAUCACUUAAAUCCUCUCUUGAUUUAGUUGUCAGAAACAUUUUCUAUAAGAUCAUUUGUUAUAUAGUAGUAAUUUCAUAUUUGAUUGGAAAAUAUGAUCUGUUUUGUCCAGUAUUUUACUCAUUUGUAUCACUUCAAAAUUACUUUUAAGUAAGAUAAGAAAACUCUAACAAUUGAUGUUAUUUUCCAAGUGUCUUUAUGGAGUAUUGCCUACUUAGUGCCAAAGGAAAUAUAUUGUCUGCAAAUAGAAGCAUUCUUUGUGAUAAAUUUUAAGUAUAAGUGUGUAGGCAAAUACCUUGUCCAGCUUAUGGAGUAAAUACUACUGCAGCUACACAGUUACUGGUUUCACAUCAGACUUAAGAGUUGACGACUUUCUUUGUAGGCAUUCUUAUUUCGUAUCUUUGAAUAGACUAUCAACUUGACCUCUACUGUUUCACAUAUUACGGUAAUUUAUCAUUACAAGUAAACAUAAUAUUUUUGAGUUGCUGCCAAGUACUCUUCUCUUUACUGAAAAAAUAAGUUAAAUUUUUUUCAUGUAAUCAAAAAGAAUUUUUCUUUAUCUGUGAUGUCAUAUCAGUCUUAUUAUGAAGCAGAGGUACUGUGUUGCAAGUUGUUUCCUAUAAGUGAGUAUUAUGGGUUGGUGAAGUCCCACAUUGUAAGUUUGUCAGGUCAAUUCGAUUUGAUUGUGAGAUUAACAAUCAACAAAAGCCAGCUUCCUCUUCAAUUGUAGGCCUAUCUAUUAUUUUUGUUAAUAGGUAUUGUGCUUAUUGAAGCUAACUCAAAAUUAAUUUGUUGAAUAAAUUAAAACAGCAAUUUGAUUUUUGGCAAGCAGGUUGUCUCCCAAAAAUAUACCAACAGCAACUAGUUGCUAUUACUCUACUUGUAUAGUAUAAAUUUAAUGCAGUAGGAUUAGUUUUUAUGAACAUUGAUGUGGUUUCUCUCUGCAUUGUGAGUGGUAGUUCUCACCUACCCACUAUGUUUAUUAUAAUGCUGUGUAGCCGACCUUGCUUGAAUAUUUUUUUAAACAAAAAGCAUCAUUAGAUAGUUUCUUACAUUUAAGCACAGUUCUGAACUCACACACAUGGUGACAACUUAUUUUUUAAAAUUAUAGAGCUUUAUACUUUUUGUUGGAAAUGAGGGGACAUAGGACCAUGUAGACUUGUAAUUGAAGAAAAUGUGAAAAUAAUUGUGGCUGUGAUUGGGACUUGUGGGAAAUUUCGUCAUGUAAAUGGUGUAAGUGCUAAGUGCUGUAUGCAAUUUCAUUACAAAACCAAAACUUAUUUUUCAACACUGGGUUCUAUUCAUGCUCUCAUGUGUAAAUUUAUCAUACUUCUGACGUUUUCGGGCAGUUGUGAUAUAUUGUCAUUAUUAUGAUGCUCUUUUUGUAGGCAUUGACAUCUCCCCGUCAUGAAAAUUGUGGUACUUUCAUUCUGCUGUCAUUUGUACCAAAAUAUAUUGCCUCUUACAAAAUA